GCAUGCAUAUGCUGCAGGCGAGACGAGGAAGGGCAUACCAGUAGUAGCCAAAAGAGUGGGGAGCCCCCCACAUGCUCACUAUUCUAUCUAUCUAUAUAAAUAUGUAUAAUAUAUGAUUGGAGUGUGCCCUCGAUAGGUAAAUGCUUGAGCUUGGGGCCCUUUCAAAAAACACCCUUCAUAUCUUUUUUAAUUUUUUUUUCUUAAUUCAUUUGGAGCGGUUCACGCACUUCUACACGCACAGCUAGUCAGCUACCUUCAAAUUCAAUUCAUAUAUUUAUAUGUAUAAGAGAGAGAGAGAGAGAGAGAGAGUGGACGCAUGCACAUUGCUGCCUAACCACCUGCAAGGUAGCUGUAGGAAUGCAUAGCAUCAUGCUGAUCAUGCGGGAGUAGUAGCAGUAGUAAUAGCAUUACCCCCGCGCAAUAUCUCUCUCGACACUACGAUAGUCUACAGAGGGAGAGAGAGAGAUCCCUGAUGAUCAUGUUGCUUUGGGUAGAUCGAGUCGUGCAAGGGUACGUGCGUAGAAUGGCUGGUAUGAGAUCCUUGCUGUUAUUGUAUGCGUUAUCCAUAAUUACGAUUAUUAGUGCUAGUUGUAGUGUUGCAUCUGCUUUGCCCAAACAACAAGUUCUGGAUCGAAUAUCGGCGCUCCCCGGUCAACCGCCGGUGAAAUUUUCCCAGUUUUCCGGCUACGUCACCGUCGAUGAGCAACAAGGCCGAUCUCUCUUUUACUGGCUCACAGAAUCUCCCUCGAAUCCCCAGAAGAAGCCUCUUCUUCUUUGGCUCAAUGGAGGACCGGGGUGUUCAUCAGUGGCAUAUGGAGCUUCGGAGGAAAUUGGGCCAUUUCGAAUUAAAAGAGGCGGUCUAUCCCUUUAUCUCAACAAGCAUUCUUGGAACAAAGAGGCAAAUGUACUGUUUGUGGAAUCACCAGCGGGGGUUGGAUUCUCAUACACCAACACAACCUCCAAUCUCAAAGAUACCGGAGAUGAAAGGACUGCCGAAGAUGCUCUAAUUUUUCUGAGAAGAUGGAUGUCCAGGUUUCCUCAAUACAAACACAGACAAUUCUACAUUGCUGGAGAGAGUUAUGCAGGCCAUUACAUUCCCCAGUUGGCAAAGAAAAUAUAUGAUUACAACAAGCCAUUUUCCCAUCCCAUCAUCAAUCUCAGAGGAUUCUUGGUGGGGAAUGGAGUAACAGAUAACUACUAUGACAGCAUUGGAACGGUGACGUAUUGGUGGAGCCACUCCAUUAUAUCCGACACCACCUACCACCGCAUCCUCAGCUACUGCAAUUUCUCCGCCGACCUUCCUUCCCGUCAGUGCAACCACAUCCUCAAUUACGCAAUGAACCGCGAGUUCGGUGAUAUCGACCAAUACAGCAUUUAUACACCCUCUUGUGCCACUACUACUGUUAACAUUAUUAAUAAUAAUUAUCCCACAUUAAGAAGGUUUAUGGAACUUAAGAAGAAGAAGAAGAAGAAGUACUUAAGCAGCAGCAGUAGUAAUGGAGGAGAAGUGUUAUUUCGUGGAGGAUAUGAUCCUUGCACCCAGAAUUAUGCAGAGAAGUAUUUUAACAGGGAAGAAGUGCAGAGGGCAAUGCAUGCGAACUCAAGUGGGAUAAUUCCCUAUAGGUGGACGCCAUGCAGUGACGUUCUCACUAAGAACUGGAAGGAUUCUCAAGAUUCAAUGUUGCCCACUUACUCCUACCUCAUUGCUGCUGGUCUCCGAAUCUGGCUUUUCAGUGGAGACACAGAUUCAGUGGUACCCGUGACAGCCACAAGGCUUUCCCUCAGCCAUCUCAACCUCACCAUAAAAACUCCAUGGUAUCCAUGGUAUUCUGGCCCCCAGGAGGUAGGAGGAUGGACAGAGGAGUACCAAGGGCUGACAUUUGCAACAGUGAGGGGGGCGGGCCACGAGGUUCCACUGUUUCAGCCAAAGCGUGCUUUUAUUCUCCUCCGCUCCUUCUUGUCCGGCAAACACUUACCACCUGCUCCAUCUCCCUCCUAGUCCCCUUUUAACUAAGAGACCUACCAACUUAAUCUACCUCCCUCCAUCACCUCCAUUCAUUAGUAUUCAUUCAUGCUGGCUAAUGUCCACUAUACCUGUAUUUAUAUAUAGGGAGAAAAUAAUUUUUUUCACAGGAUCAUUUAUGGAUAUACCCUUUCUGAGUUCA